UUCUGGACACCACACUGGUCACCAAGGCCAUGCUGCCCGAUGGGGGAGACCACGGCAGGCGGCUCUGGGUCCCACUAGGGGCCCGUGGCCUGCAGUUGGUGGGAGGGGGAGAACGCUGGUGCUUGGGAGACUCUGGACCCCCUGGAUCCCGGGGUGGGGGAAGUCCGCACACCUCUCUAGCUUGGAUGUGUGCCCUGGGCUUUGGAGACCCCCCCCCAUGGAGGAAGGAGGCGCAGCGCUGGCCCCGCCCACCUCUGCUGGGUCGAGAUGGGCUGCUGAGGGAGAAAGCUGUUUCUCAGGAACCAGAGGAACCCACCCUGAGGGUUGAGCCACAGAGACGGGGGUGGUCACGCUUCUCUGUAGCGUGCAGGGAUGGGGCAGGCGAGGGGCAAGGGGUGGCCUUUAGCUGGUGUGGGCUUUUCUUACCAGGGGGUGACACAGAGGCAAAGCCACACACACCCAGAGCCCAGGUGGCAGGCCUGGGGCCACCACUCACUCCUCCUCUCGGCAGCCUUGCUCAGGAGCCCCAUCUCCCUGCCCCCGCCACGGGCCCGGCCAGCCAGAGCCAAGAGAGCCUCGGCCCUGUGGGCCUGGAGACCCCCCACAACCCAGCAAACCGGGGCGGGACAUUCUUCCCCCCAAACUGCCGUGGAGACCAAGUCCCUGUGACUACGCUCCUCACGGGUACGCAGACAGCAAGAGGGGAGCGGGGAGGGGAAGCUCCAGGUGGCCACUCGGGCCCAGGCCUCGCCCAGCCCCUCCUGGACACAAGGUCAAGGGCACUGGUCCUUUUCCUGGCUAGACAGGGCCAGUCUCCAGGAGGAGGCCUGGGAAAAGACCCUGCGGUUUCUAAGCUUGCAGGUGAAAAAGACGCAGAACAACCAUGUAGGGGUGCGGGGGGGGGGGGGACGCUGGGCGGAGAGCUGGAGCGGGACCACCUCCCUGCCUAGGUCUUUGGGCUCACGGCAACGGGAAGAGGGCCUUU